UCUUCCGGUUUGUGUUUUUAGUAAACACAAGAAGACAGCCUUAAAGUAGGCACACACACACACACACACACAAAACACGUCGUUGUGACGGCUGUAAUCUCUGUCACCAGUUGUUUUACUAGCCAUAUUAUAACUCAGCAGUGGACUUUUAUUCCGUCGAGAGAAGGCCGUCGCUGCUCCCGUCGACUUACCUUCACGCUCUCCACGGAAUGACAGCAAACUAUCAGCUAACUAGCUAAGAUAACUACAUAGUCCAAACGAUAGCUUGUUAGCUUAGCUCCUGCUGACGGUUGCUGGGUGUCUACCACCCUCUGAACGAAGUGGACACUCUCAUGGUGGUCUCAGUUCAAUGGGGAACUGUCUGUUUUCACAUGGUGCGGAUGACCUGUCGCUGCUGAACGAGUCCGAGGGGGGCAGCCUGCCCGGAGAGCCUCCCCCGCCCUACCAGGAGCGCACCCAGCCGCUGCCAGUAUACCAUCCCAACCCAGGGGAGAGUCGUCUGGCUUACCAGCUGACCGAGGAGGAGCAGAUUCGCAUCGCCCAGCGAAUCGGUCUCAUCCAGCACCUGCCCAAAGGUAUCUUCGACCCGGGCUCCGACCCCUCCAACAAGAAAGUGAAAGAGUGUGUGAUCUGCAUGAUGGAUUUCGAGUACAGCGAUCCCAUUCGGUUCUUGCCCUGCCUUCACAUCUACCACGUAGACUGCAUUGACCCCUGGCUGAUGCGCUCCUUUACCUGCCCCUCCUGCAUGGAGCCGGUGGACGCGGCCCUGCUGUCCACUUACGAAACCAACUGAGCAGCCCCCUAACGGGAUGGUUGCUCCUGCCUAAAUGUAACUGCACCUUUUUAGCCGAAACUGUCCUCGCUGUUCAAACAGGUAGCCAAGGUGACGUUAUGCAGAUGUUUGGAGGGUGGUUUGGAAUGCAGGCAGAUGUUGAUGCCCCUACAGUGCAUUGAUUAGGUCAGGACCUCAUUCGGGCUUUGGAAAAGUCUUUGCCUUUUACAGUAGGACAAUGUGCCAAAUCAAGCUAGAUGAGGAAUAUGGAGAGCUGUACACGUAGCAAAAUAUUACUGCAAAGUAAUUUCACUUUUGGAUGACUGAUAGUCUGUUUGAGUUUGUGUUUUCUAUGGUAAUUAGAUGCAUGUCACUAAUGUAAUUUACUUCCCCUUUCAAGACGUCAUGUGCAAUAUGUAUAUCAGUGGAGAAAACGCAGGAGAUUUGUCCUGGCAUCGUAAUUUGUCAGAAAAUCCAGUGAUAACAUGAAGUGAAGUUACUGUGUUUUUUUUUUUUAACCCAUGGCCAUGAAUGUCACAGAAACACAGGCCUUUCUUUAUGCAAUGCAACCAUCAAAGCACAGAAAAAAACUUCCCUGAACAAAGAUUUGAAGGUUGUGAGGAGAUGAAAUGGUGUCAUUUCAGCUUGGAAGAUAUUUGAAGAUAUUUAAUUUGAUUAGGGUCUUGUUGUCUUUACUGUAGUUUUUUUUUCCUUUGAAGCUGCUUUUGUUAGUGUGGAUCUGUUUUUGUUUUGCCUUUCCUUUGCUUUGCUUUGCCUCAAAUGUUUGCUCUCUGUUUUGUUUUAAAAAUCAACCCUUCACGUGUCUUAUCAUUGUUUACUGUCAGUGACAUUUACAAAGACAGGAUAAGCCGUGCAAUCCCCCUUAAAGCACCUUGGGAUACCCCUCAUCUGGCACUCUGUAGCUUGUCAAUUUGGUAGAUGAUUGUGAGUAUUGAUGUGUGUGUAUGUGUGUGUUAUUUGACAGGAUGGUGGGUAGAGACUGAAAUGUUGAGAUAACGUUGUGAAUUAACCCUGUCAGUUGUAAGACCUGUCGUAGUUGCCUCUCUUUUUCUAGUUUGAACCUGUUCCGUUUUGUGUUGAUGGCCUUCUCGUGGCAAGUGAUGCAUUUCCAGAGCUCCUGGGUCUGGUUGAACAAAAAACUCUUGGUAUUAGGUGUGUGACAUCUGUAGAAAGGAAUGUAUCUUGAAUGUAAAGCAUUACUUCAGCUUUUAAAGAUUUAGAGGUGACAAUAAGAGGACAUUUCUGAUGUACUCAGGCUGCUGUGCCUUUUAAGGUUGAGGUAAGCCACAUUUCUGUGAAGUACAAUCAUUUCUGGCAUCACUUUUGGUUUUCUUUUAGUUGUCAUCUAGGGGGAGACAGAUACCAGCACUGCACUGAUUUGUGUCACUCUGAAAUAGGCCUAGGAGGAAGCCAGAACAUUGCUCUGGCUGCUGUUAACAAUCAUUUUGUGUUUUUAAUUUAUGGUGUGUGCCACCGGUGCACGUUUUAGGAAAAUCAUAAAACCACAAUAAAAGUGGAUACCAAAUUUUA